GCAGCUCGAGUUCUUCCUAGCACCCGGAAACUGAAAACCCAUCACACCGGUCUUAAAAUUUCGACUCUUUGCUUUCAGCGCGUCUUUUUGACAGGAUGUCGUCGAUAUCAAACGCAGACUUCCUCUGCCAACAAGGAGACACCCUUUGCGAGAUCCGCUUGUAUGAGAAGGAAGUGAUUGUGGUGCCCAUCCUGCUGCUGGCUACAUUCACGGUCACGCUGGUCUUUAUCUUCCUGUUGCGCUUCUGUCCCGAGAAGGUCGACCGCAUCCGCAUCAGCAGCUUAAAGUCUAACUUCAGAAGAGAGCUGCAUGGCAUCGACGCUCCCCCUGGAAUCAACGUGCUGGAGGGUGAAAGCAUUGCCCUGGACAUGCCCACCUACUCCACCUUCAACCAGCCCAUCACCUACACACACAAAAAGCUCUCCCUGUCCGUAGACAUGCCUCCAGUGUCGUCCGGCGCAGCCUACGAUCCCGCGUCGGAAAUUGUCGUCCAGCCCCGAGAGUUACCCCGCCAGAGAUUGCCCGAGUCCUUUAACCUGGUGACCCCGCUGCCCGGUUCCUUCUCACUACGCUCCGAUUCGUCCGUGUCACUCUACAGGGCUCGUAUGGAAAAUAGGAACGUCAUCUUGCGGGUGUUGAAUGACUCUGCCGAUGCCACCGAGAGACACAACUUCCUGGACUUCGCGUCCUUCCUGGCCAAGGUGGGCCCGCACCCGUUCUUGCCCGAGCUUCUGGGCGUGGUCUCCCUGCGUGCGCCUCUGGUGACGGUAGUGGAAGAGCUGGAGAACCGGGAUCUACUCGGCUUCUUGUGGCGGUGCAGGCAGGAAGACGUGACUCCUCCUUGCGAGAUGACAGAGCGGCGCAUAUAUACAAUGGCCCAGCAUGUGGUCUCAGCGCUGACAUUUCUCCACAGCAAAGACCUCCUGCACGGUAACAUCCGUGCCCGUAGCGUACUAGUCAGUAAGGCACACACGGCCAAACUGUGGGGCCUACAUGGGGUCUUCAUGCGCACGAACCAGGCGGCCACGAAAAAGGACGACCCCAGCAUGAAGAAGUGGCAGGCACCGGAGAUUUUAGCAAAGAGGAACGUCGGUCCUAGCAGUGAUGUUUGGUCUUUUGGUAUCUUGCUGUAUGAAAUGGCAACACUGGGAGAAGCCCCGUUUGCAGAAAUCCCCGUCAACGAACUCCUUCAAUUCCACCAACGAGGCAAAAGUCUUAAGAAGCACUCCAACUGCACCAACAGCCUCUACGCCCUCAUUAAAGGUUGCUGCCAGUGGAAAGAAGCGGAUCGACCCACGCUGGCCGAGGUGACCCGCAAACUCGCGUCUGGGGAGAAAAGCGCCUCGGAUAAAGUCUUAAAGGGGACGGCAGUUAACGUGGAGCGGUACUUGCAGGAGGCUGGAUAUGGCGAGAGCAACAGCUACACUAUCUUCUGAUUAAAACUGCCACUUUUUUUUUUCUAAAUUACUAGUGCACUUUUCAACCUCAACUGUUACAGUUCCCACUUUGCACAUGAAGGAGACAACAUUUUUGUAUAUUCAAGAUGUUUAUUAAGCUUUUCCUAAUGAAAAACCAAUUUUUUUUUAAAGGUUUAGGCAAAAGGAAAAGACUUUGAAGCAGAUGUAAACUUGAAAAUCACCAAGUUGGAGAACGAUGGUUUGUCUGUCUUGUUUACCACUUUCCUCAGGUGCAUUGCUAUGUAUUAGUAUGGUUCCAAGUUGAAGGACUGUGAACUGAAUAAUAAAAUAGAAUCAUCAUCACAGCCUACAUGGAGGAUGACAUUGGCUGUGUCAAAAAAAACAAAAAGGUUCCAGGACUGGUGUUACAUUUUUCAAACCUGAAAAUGUCCAGAGUGAACAUAGCCAUGCUAAAACAACCUAACCUGGUUUCCCUGUGAUUCCUCCUAAGGACUUUUUUCAAGUCAUGAAUGA